GAUUGGUUGAAAAUGUAGGAUUAUGCCUAGCGAGGUUGGUUCCCUUUUCUCUCGAAUCUUCUCAACAUCAAACUCACCAUUUUCUCUACUUCCUUUGCUCCAUCAUCUUCCAUCCAUGUCGAUUUCCACCAAAAUUCCUCAUCCUCUCCUUCAUCACCCUAAUUCACCAUACCCCAAAACCUCAAAAUCCUCUUUUUUAUACUCAACACCCUCUAAAUUAACCUUCUUUAGAUCCAUUACCAUUGAAAGAAUUUCAACAAAAUCUGUUUCUGCAACCCCAGCAGCAGCAGGAGCAGGUGCAGCUUCAGAAUCCUCUUCUUCAUCUCUCCAACCCAUUGAAGAGCUUCCGCCGAAGCUUCAAGAAAUCGUCAAGCUUUUUCAAGCAGUUGAACUACCAAAGGCUAAAUACGAGCAACUGUUGUUUUACGGCAAGAAUUUAAAACCACUUGAUACCCAGUACAAGACUAGUGAAAAUAAGGUUCAGGGUUGUGUUUCACAGGUUUGGGUUAGGGCGUAUUUUGAUUCUGAGAAAAAUGUUGUAUUUGAGGCUGAUUCUGAUUCGGUACUUACUAAAGGUCUUGCUGCUCUGUUAGUUCAGGGACUUUCUGGAAGACCUGUAGAAGAGAUUUUAAAAGUUUCCCCUGAUUUUGCUGUACUUUUAGGGUUGCAACAAAGCUUAACUCCUUCUAGGAAUAAUGGGUUUUUGAAUAUGUUGAAGUUAAUGCAGAAAAAGGCACUUCAGUUGUAUGUUGAAGCUGAGAAAGGUGCUAAUUUAGGCCAGAGUGAAAUAUCGAAUGCCUCGUCGACUGAGUCUCACGAUGUUAAUGGUAAUGGAAAUGUUGAGUCUAUAGCCAGUCCUGAAGUUAAUGGAAACAAUGCAACUGUUGGUGCUAGUGAUGAUGGUGUUUUGAGGAGUAGAGGGAUGAGAAUCAAGGAGAAAUUGGAGAAGGAACUUAGGCCUGUUGAACUAGAAGUUGAAGAUAUAUCUUAUCAGCACGCAGGACACGCGGGGAUUAGAGGUAGUGAUGGAGAGACACACUUUAAUUUAAAAGUGGUGUCUGAGGAAUUUGAAGGCAAGAGUUUGGUUAAGAGGCAUAGGAUGAUUUAUGGUUUACUGCAAGAUGAGUUGCAGAAUGGACUACACGCAUUGUCAAUUGUGGCCAAGACACCGUCUGAAGUUGGUAGUAGUUGAAUUGCUGGCGUCAAGAGAGUGAAUAUGACUCAGAAAUGCAAGAGAAUACAAUAAACCCCUACCCUCUACUGGAUGUCAAUGUCGGGGCUCAACAACGAUGAAGAGGCAGCUCCUAACUUGUGGUGUCGUCGUGGGUAGCUCUUAUGUUCAGACUCUAGGAA